AUGCCGCUGUCGGCCAUCAGAACAGUCGCAAAGCCUCAGAAUGGCGUCGGUGCCUUCAUCCUCCAAUGCAGGAAGCUCGAGUUCCACUACUGCGACUGGGCCGGCUCCUCACGAGGCAUGAACGCCUUCAUCAAGUCCUCCCUCCCCUCUUUCGCAAAGCGCAAUCCUCAGAUUGAGAUCUCCGUCUCCCCGCGACCGAGACGACACCCGGUGAUACGAGCACACUACAUCAACGGCAACCAGCGAGCGAUAUGCGUACGGAACCUGACGAACGAGGGUGUAAGGGAGAAGGCAGAGUUGCUAAGGGAUGCAAGCGGGGAGAAGAACAAGAGGGUCAACAAGCCGGUGACAAGUAUCAAUGAGAGCGUGAGAGGCAUUUGGAGUCCAUUCCAUGGCGCGAAGAUUCAGAUAUGA